AGAACAAGUGCCAUCUCGAUGAAGGCAACUGAAGAUGAGCAGUGUUGCCAAUACGAUUAUAUUUCAAACUCCCCUUGUACCUAGGACAUACAGCAUGACAAUAUGCCAUGAUACACAACGCAGUACACUUCCCCACAAUAGAUGACAUAUGAAACCCACAACACCAACUGUAAGUGUUAAUGCACAACAUAAUUCUUACAGAGAUUUAAAUAUAUAUGAAUUAUUUUUUACAUAUAUCUUUGCAGAUCUCAUUUACUCCACAGACAUCUAUUAUCACAGAAGAUUGUAUCAACGGAACACACAGCAAGAAGCAAAAUCACAAAAUGCAGUAAACAUAUCUACUUAGGAGGAACCGUGCCAACCCAACAACAUGGAGCAUCCAGCCUUAACUCGAAGACACAACAAAGCCACAGAUGUUUGGAGUUCAGUGGACAUUAACAGUAACAGACAUAAGUCAGGAAUGUUGCAAGAAGAGAAUAUCGAAGAAUUAAUUGAAGAGGUCGAAAGACGCCCUACUCUUUAUGACAAAACAAUAAAAGAUUAUGCAAACAUCAAUGUUAAAAGAGAACUUUGGCAAGAGAUUUGUUCAGUUGUGGUACCAGGUUGGAGCGAAUUGUCACCCGAAAAAAAGACUGAAACAGGUCGAGACAUACAAAAGAAGUGGCAGAAUUUAAGAUCAUGUUUUAGCAGAGAGCUUCGCGCCCAGGAACAGACCAAGUCCGGCCAAUCAGCAUCGAAGAGGAGGAAAUAUAUAUAUUUUGAAAAAUUGUUAUUUUUACUUCCCACAACGGAAACAAAUGUAAUAUCAGAUGACGAUGGCGAUAAAGAAGAGGGAAUCGACCACGUAAACGAGGCUGAAAACAGAGCAAAAUCUUUCACGGAAGAAAAAAGAAACAAGCAGAAGCCUUUCGAGGAAUCUUUACUCAACAAUUUGAGUUCAAGAAAUACUGACGACGAAAACGUCCACUUCGCACUUUCCUUAGUUCCUUCGCUCAAAAAGCUAGGCGAAGAUAAGAAUUUUGAGCGUGAUUAAAAACUUAAGAGCAGGACAAUCCCCCCUUUCACGUGGAAUGCAGCUGGGCCAUCUGGGUUAAAGGAAUGCCUUUAUUUGGCCGCAAGCUGCGGAAACAACCUCAGUCAACUGCGAAGAAAUACAACGACGUUGCUCAUCUACUCUAGUGCAUCCUGAUUUCAGUUCUCCAAAUUCAAAUGACACAGUCCAAACAUAUUAUUCCAAUUUCUCUUGUGAUUCUGACAUAUUAGACCUUUAGAUACUAGGCUGUCUGCCUAGGUUAUUUGUCUGCAGCAAGGCAUAACUUCACAUUGUAUCUAAGUUUCUUUCUUUAAAAAUAAGGAAAAUAAGAAUAAUUAAUGUAAA